AUCAUUAAUAUAUUAUUAUAUAUAUAUAAAAUAAACUUGUUAAGUUUUAACUUAUAAAUUAGAAUAUUAGAUCUAUUAUUAUUAAGAAUUAAGCCUAAUGAUGAAUCUAUAUAACAGAUGAUGUUAAGGUCAUCUGUUUCUUUGGCCAAGGGUUAACGAACAAUCUAUCAUGUGGCCAUCACAACAACCAUUAAGUUUACUUUCCCUACUAAAGGCAGGUACUAAUUAGAAUUGGGUGAACUCAGGGAUGCCCUAACAAAUCCCAAAGUUCAAAAUAUGUCUCUUCCGGGAUUGAAAUCCAGGACCCCAGGUUCCAAAGCCAAGUGAUUACUCACUCAGCCACCAGAUUAAUCUAGAUCUAACAAUUUAUAAUAAAGUUAUUAAUACAUAGAUUUAGAUCACAAGCACCACACAAGAACUGUCAAUCGUCUUUCUCCAUUCCUCUCUAGCUGUCUUUUGCCUUCAAUAGAAUUUCAUUUACUCACUCAGCCACCAGAUUAAUCUAGAUCUAACAAUUUAUAAUAAAGUUAUUAAUACAUAGAUUUAGAUCACAAGCACCACACAAGAACUGUCAAUCGUCUUUCUCCAUUCCUCUCUAGCUGUCUUUUGCCUUCAAUAGAAUUUCAUUUAAUGGCAGGCCUGCAAUGUCCAUUCUUGUCUUACCACAUAUAUCACUUUCUCUGUAUGCCUAAUUCUUUUUCCUGGUACUGUUCUCUGAAGGAAGGUCUUUGCGAGCCAUGAGGUCCUUAAAUUGGCCAUAGAGACUUAAAGUUUGCAUUUUUUAAAAACUCCAACUCUAUAUAUCAAUUGGUUCUAAUUAAUCUAAUAACUUAAAUUUUUAAAUCUCAUUACCGGGUAAAUGAAUUUAAUAAAUAAAUCUUUUUUGAUUGUGGUCAUAGCAAUAAUCUAGAAUCUAGAUAGAUAUAGAUCUAGAUCUUCUGCAUCUAAAUUGUUGCUCUCCUAUAAGUAAAAUACUGUAAUUAGGAUGUUAAAUAACAUCUAAACUGUUGCACUCCUAUAGAAUGAAAGCUGUUGUCACUAUGUAUCAAGUGCUACAAGCUCACAUCACAAUAUCACUUCAAGUGUGCCUUAUUAUUUUGCUCCUGCUUACAUCUGUAAGCAUAAAGAUGACAAGUACAACUAUUUUUCUUAUUAUAUGUUUUUUAUUGACAUUACUUUUGCCAAAGCUACAAAAGUUGCGGACACUUCUCUGUCAAGAUCAGACGAUGUUUGACUUAAAUUACAAUCCCUUCAAAGGUCAUACAGGCCCAGGCUACUUGACAGCUGAAAAAGAUGCAGAGAUUGCCAAAACCAUUGCUAACUUUGUAUUGUAUGACGCUAGUAAGGUUGCCUGUCUUAAAAGGUUUAAAGUUGUCAAGACAAACUCAGAAUGUAUUUUUGCAAAACGUUCAAAGCUUUGGGGCUCCCAGGAUUAUAUACCAGAAUGUUCUUUAGAAGAGAACAUCAGAAGGAUGAUUCCUAAUUUUUAUAAAUUCACAAUGGCUUUCCAAGAUUUGUCUUUAGAUGCUUUCCUUGUUGAAUUACCUGGCCAACUCUAUGGCACAAGCAUAAAGGUCUUUGGCAAUGCAGUCAGAAGGGUGUUAUUAACUCUAAGACAAGCAGACCUUCAACGACAGAGACAAAUUUUACUCAAAACUCAAAGCAACAAGGAUCUACUCAAAGUUCAGAUCGACUACCUUUCAGGUGAAGAUCCUAAAAAAUGGAACGGAAAAAGCUGGGUUUUUGAGUUUAACAAAAUCACCUUUUUCAUUACAAGCUUCGCGCCCUUUUAUCCAGAAACAAAUUCCAGAUUCAGUUUUGGAUGUGAGAAUUGUUAUCUAUUGUUCCAGCCUGAAAUAGCCUUUGCUAUACGAGACUUGCCAGAUGACACAGCUGAAACUCACUGGAACCAUCCUGUAACAGUACGUGAUAAAAUUAGAGUUGCCUUUCGAGAUGCUGGAAGGGAAUAUGAAGUACCAAUGAAGCUCAAUGAGCCGAUGGUCUAUGAGAUAGUGAAGAAAGUUGAUCCCCAUGAUGAUCAGUUAUACUGGUGGUUACUAGAAUAAAUAUUUAUACCAUAGGAUAAUAUAAUAAAUUGUAAAUAAUAUUUAUUUUAAUUUAUAAUGAAUGACUGGCAGCACUUUUCAGGACAUUUUUGUUCAUUGCUUAUAAUAUCCUUGUUAACAAGGCUACCAGAAUGUUACACAUGUCAAAAAGAAAGGUUUCAAGUGUACUGGUACUAUUAAUAUAAUUUCUCUAAUCCAUUGUUAUUAAAUCGAGUAAAUAUGGCAAUAUAUUAAAGUUAGCCAUGUCAGUUUUGAUUUAAUAAACAUUGAGACAAAAAAGGGUGAUCUAACUUUUGGAAUCAGUAGAAUUUCUAGACAAUGGAAACUUUUUGAAAUAUUUUCCUGAUUUUUUAACUUGAAAUAUAAAUUAUUAAUUUUUAAGUUUCCACAGGAAGAGUCUAUUUGCACUAAAUUACAUAAAGCCUAUUAGUUUAAAAGAUUAAACAGUUAUUUUACAUGGGAAAAAAAAUUAGAUUGUCAUUUGUAUUAGAUCAGAAGUAUUAUUGUAUUGAUUUUUAGAUGUCUAUGCAAAUUUUUAUAUUUUGCAACUAUCAAAAAACCACUAGUAUCUUUCAACAUUCCAGUUUUUAAAAUAGCAAUUAUAUUAAAUAUUAUUGUAUAAUUCUUUAGUCUUUCAGAAAGUGUGGUUGAGGGGUGGUAAAGCACUUGGCUCCCAAACUGGGUUCCCGGGUUCGAAUCCUGGUGACGACUGGAAUUUAUAAUUUCAGGAUCUUUUGACGCCUCUGAGUCCACCCAGCAGUAAUGGGUACCUGAAAUUAGUUGGGGAAAAGUAAAGGCAGUUGGUCAUUGUGCUGGCCACAUGACACCCAUGUAAACCGUAGGCCACAGAAACAGAUGACCUUUACAUCAUCUGCUCUUUAGAUCACAAGGUCUGAAAGGGGAACUUUACUUAACUCUUUCAGUGCAGGGUUACUGUCAGGAUGGAGACCUAUUCUCUUUUAAAAUAAUAUCAAUUAUGUUAAAUUAUAUAAUAAAAUAAAGUAUGCUAGCUUUAGUAACUCUACUUGCAGAUUUUUUGUUUGGCCUGGCCGAAAAAAUGUUUUUGAUCAAAAUAAUUAACAAUAAAAGAGUAAAAUUCCUUCAAACUAAUACCUGAACCUCUUUGAAAAAAAAAAAUAUUAUAGUAAUCUAACUAAAGUAUUCAUGAAAUAAGCAAUGUUUGUUUUGUGCUUUAGAUUUAUCAGUUGUGGCUAAAAUGAGUGCACAAGAAUAUUGUUUUGUUCGUAUUUAUUUGCCUAAGCUAAUAUACACCUUAUUAUAUAACUGUGUAGCCACAGGAAAUACUGCAUUACUCAUUAAUCUCGAGACUCAAAGGCAAGUCUUAUUAUUAUAUAUGUAAAAAAUAUAUUUUAACUGGUUUACCCACUCCUUAUGCCUUUAUUUAUUGCAUAAAUGACAGACUUAAAUCCCUAAAUGAAGUACCCACUUUAGAUGGCUGCCAGGUUUUGCGGUAUGCGUGCUGGACUGUCAUUCGGUUGUCUGACUAUCUCAAGUACCCAUUAGAGCUAACUGGACUCACAGGCAUCUUAAUCUUAAAAUUCCUAAAGUUUAAAAUCCCACCAGUCUUCUUAGAGAUUGGAACCCUCAGGAAACCAAAUGCUUUACCAUGUGACAACCCAUUCAUCCUUUUUAUGCAACCUGAAAUAGAAUGGGUAGUAUUAUCAUGCAUCUCACCCCCAUUCUAGCAUCACAUUUAAAAAAAAAAAUAAUUCGGGAAUUACAGAAAAACCAACAUAAAAGAUAUUAAGAGGCCCAUACUACAUGCAGAUUUUCUAUGGUUAGAUUGUGAAUCUAUCAAAAAUAUUUUCCUAGUGAGCACCAAAAUUUCAUGUUUCAGAGAUCUCAAGAAUCUGUCUAAAAGUGGUGCUUCUCAGAUAUAUAGAUACAUCUUUAAAAAUUUUAAUACUUUCCAACCUACUGAAACUGAAUGCAUUGGUACGGUACCCAAAACGUUUUAAAAACCAAAUAUAAAAAAUUUGAAAAGUGGCUCCAAUUCAUCCCUUCGUGAAUGUAAUGGUCUUUGUUAAAGUACUAUUGUGAGUUAAGGCUGGUGUUCCUACAGAUAGUUGUUUAUGUGAGCAUUUUGUAACAUUGUCCAUGUUAUGCUUAUACACUAUGUAUUGAUAAAUUUAUUUUUAAUCCUUUUUUACUUGUCUUUCAAAAUAAUUUAAUAAUAUUUUUUGUUUAUAUAAUACAUUCAGUGAUUCAUGUAAUUUUCUAAAUUUAUUAAUAGCUGUUCAGAUCUCUUCUGUCUUUCUCCUUCUAAUAAAACAAAACAAAAAUAAAAGAUAAAGAAACAAAACCAAAAAAAA